AUGACGGGUCUGGUGCUUGCCUUCCUCUGCCUGCUCAGUGGAGCAAAUGAGGCCAGAAAGUACUCAAAAUGUGAAAUGUAUGAAGAACUGAUAAGACGAGGACUAGAAAAUUACCAUGGCAUUGGCAUAGGGCACUGGAUAUGCUUGAUCAUGUUUAGCAGUCGCUAUAACACAGAGCACUAUGAGUUUCAGGCUGGCCAUCCAUCCUAUGGAUUAUUUUAUUUGAGUGGCCUGAAGUGGUGCCACAACGGGCGACAUCUCACGGAGAACUUGUGCAAUACUGACUGUGAGAAAUUCCUAGAUGAUGAUAUCUCCGAUGACAUUGAAUGUGCUAAGAAAGUUGCAGACAGCAAGAGAGGGAUGUUGUCUUGGACGCGCUAUAGUGAAUAUUGCAGACACCCUAUGCCUGAAAUAGUGUUUUGGGAAUGUGUUAAGGACUGA